ACGAUGCCCGUUACCGUUGUCCUCGGCGCCCAAUGGGGCGACGAAGGCAAGGGCAAGCUCGCCGACAUUCUCGCCCACGAGUCGCAAAUCUGCUGCCGCGCCCAGGGCGGUAACAAUGCCGGCCACACCAUUGUCGCCAACGGCGUCACGUACGACUUUCACAUUCUCCCCAGCGGCCUCGUCAAUCCCUCGUGCAUCAACGUCAUUGGAAGCGGCUGCGUCGUCCACGUGCCCAGCUUCUUCAAGGAGCUCGAGGCCCUCGAGAAGCAUGGCCUCCACACCGACGGACGGAUAUUCAUCUCGGAUCGCGCACAUGUCGUGUUUGACGUGCACCAGCUGGCCGAUGGUCUGGAAGAGGUAGAGCUCGGCGGCGAAAUGAUUGGCACAACCAAGAAGGGCAUUGGCCCAACCUACAGCACAAAGAUGACCCGGAGUGGCCUCCGCAUGUGCGAUCUCUUCGAUGAGGCCAUCUUCGAGGCAAAGCUCAGGCGAUUGGCCCACGGGUUCCAGCAGCGCUUUGGUGACCUGCUCAAGUACGACGUCGACGAGGAGAUUGCCCGGUACAAGGGUCUUCGCGAGAAGCUUGCUCCAUACGUUGUCGAUCAGAUCCCGCUCCUCGCUUCGGCCAAGGAGAAGAAUGCAAAGAUUUUGGUAGAGGGCGCAAACGCUCUUAUGCUGGACAUUGACCAUGGCACAUAUCCCUUUGUCACAUCGUCAAACACUGGCCUCGGUGGCGUCAUGACUGGCCUGAAUCUUGGGUGGCGGUCGCUGACCGAGGUCAUUGGUGUGGUCAAGGCCUACACCACUCGUGUCGGAUCUGGCCCAUUCCCUACCGAACAGCUCAACGAGGUUGGCGAGACACUGCAGAAAGUCGGCCACGAGGUCGGUGUGACAACCGGCCGCAAGCGACGCUGCGGCUGGCUCGAUCUUGUCGUCGUCAAGCACUCGCAUGCCUGCAACGACUAUACAGCCAUCAACCUCACCAAGCUGGAUGUCCUGGACGACUUUGCCGAACUCAAGGUUGCAACCGCAUACUCGUACAAGGGCCAGAAGCUCGACGGUUUCCCCGCCAACCCCGAGAUGCUUGCCGAGGUCGAGGUCGAGUACGACACGCUGCCGGGAUGGCAGAAGCCGACGACGGGCCUGACCAACUGGUACGACCUGCCUGUGCAGGCGAGGAGUUAUAUCGAGUACAUUGAGAAGUUUGUUGGCGUCAAGGUCAAAUGGAUUGGCGUGGGCCCGGCGCGGGAUCACAUGAUUACCAGAGCAUAGGCUCGAAAAUGUUGAGCGGCCAUGCUUGUUUGUAUGCUUGUUGCUUAGCACGGCGGAAAGCAGGGCUUCUUAGAAGAUAGAGUUUUAGACCAAACCGCAGUCGUACACACAUGGGCUGGGGGGGCAUGACAGCCAGCUGGCCGACGCUAGCCCCCAGCGGCGCGAUUGCUCAAAAUACGACACUGCCUGCAAC